AUAAAGACAAUGCACGGAGUGAAACGGACUCGUUAUUCUGCCGAGGCUCUGGAAGCACGUAGACUGAAGGAACACUCGAAGCUCGAAGCGUAUCUCAAGCUCGACGACGAUGUUCUUGCUAAGAAGAAGGCCAAGGACUGGACUCUCGAUGCGUUAAAUCUGACGACGAGACUGCUGACCACGAAUCCCGAGUUAUACACAGUUUGGAAUUACCGUCGCGACAUAUUCACGAAUGGUGUGUUCGUUGACCCGCAGUGUACACCGAGCGAUAUCCGCGAUAUAUUAAUCACGGAUCUCGAACUAGUAACGUCCUUCUUGCGGCAAUAUCCCAAGGUAUAUUGGAUUUGGAAUCACCGACGCUGGUGCCUUGAACACAUUCCUGAUGGUCCAGCUGAGGAUUCGCUAGGAUGGAAAAAGACAAGCUGGGCGAUGGAAUUACGCGCAGUGGAGAAGAUGCUGGAUGUCGAUGCUCGAAACUUCCAUGCUUGGGCUUAUCGUAGAUAUGUACUCGCGUCCAUGCCGGUGAAGAGGUCCGAAUCCGCAGAGCUCGCAUACACAAAGCAAAAGAUCGAAGCCAACUUCUCGAACUUCAGCGCGUGGCACCAGAGAUCCAAGGUAUUCACUUCCAUGUGGGAACAGGGACUUCUAGAUGAAGCGAAAAGCAAGGAAGAGGAAUUUGAGUUGGUCAAACAGGCGUUAUAUGUUGACCCGUAUGAUCAGAGCUCAUGGAUUUAUCAUCGAUGGCUUAUCGGAGACGGUAGUAAUGAGACACUGCUACAGCGCGAGAUAGGAGUGAUUGAAGAGCUCUCAGAGGUCGAACCAGACUGCAAAUGGUGUCUAGAGAUGCUGGUCCAUUAUAAGAAACUACGCUUGGAGAAGUACCUUAGUCAUAAGCCUGGAAUCGAAACGGAACGGGAUAGAGUGCGAAGCGAAUGUUUGUCAAUGCUAUCGAAGCUAGAGAAGAUAGACUCAUACAGGGCGAAACGAUAUCAGGAAAUCAGCGAGAACCUGCGUAAUGCAUGAUGAGGGGCGAGAAGCGCCAGCUUUGCUUGUACUUAAUAUCUCUCACACGGGAUCAAACAUAUAUAAGGCACAAUGGACACAUGCUUAAUU